UGCUGUGGGCCUGGUGCUGACCGCCGCGCGCUGCUCUCGCUGUGGGACCGCGGCUCUCCCCGCUCGGCGGCGGCGCGGCCAUGGGGACGGUGCACGCGCGGAGUCUGGAGCCUCUUCCAGUGAGUGGGUCUGACUUUGGUGCUUUAGGAGAUGAACCUGAACUAGUUGAAGUUGAACCUGAAGCCAAGCAGGAAGUCCUUGAAAACAAAGAUGUGGUGGUCCAGCAUGUACACUUUGAUGGACUUGGAAGGACUAAAGAUGACAUUAUCAUGUAUGAAAUUGGUGACCUUUUCAAGGCUAAAAACCUCAUUGAUGUAAUGAGAAAAUCACAUGAAGCUCGUGAAAAGUUGCUCCGUCUAGGAAUUUUUAGGCAGGUGGAAGUUCUGAUUGAUACAUGUCAAGGAGAUGAUGCCCUUCCAAAUGGUUUAGAUGUAACAUUUGAAGUAACAGAACUGAGAAGACUAACUGGAAGCUAUAACACUAUGGUUGGCAAUAAUGAAGGCAGUAUGGUUCUUGGGCUCAAACUCCCUAAUCUCUUUGGACGUGCAGAGAAGGUGACCUUCCAGUUUUCCUAUGGAACAAAGGAAACUUCAUAUGGCCUAUCAUUCUUCAAACCACAGCCUGGAAACUUUGAAAGAAAUUUUUCAGUUAACCUGUAUAAAGUAACUGGACAGUUCCCUUGGAGCUCUCUUCGUGAGACUGACAGAGGUGUAUCGACAGAAUUUAAUUUUCCCUUAUGGAAGACCAAUCACACGCUGAAGUGGGAAGGUGUUUGGAGAGAGCUUGGCUCUCUUGCAAGAACAGCCUCCUUUUCUGUUCGAGAAGAAAGUGGACACUCUCUUAAAUCUUCUCUCUCUCACACCAUGGUAAUCGAUUCUCGGAACUCUUCAAUCCUGCCUAGACGAGGUGCUUUGCUGAAAAUUAAUCAGGAGCUAGCUGGCUACUCAGGUGGAGAUGUGGCCUUUCUAAAAGAGGACUUUGAGCUUCAGCUGAAUAAGCAACUUUUAUGGGAUUCAGUUUUUUCCACAACUCUCUGGGGUGGAAUGUUGGUUCCUAUGGGAGAUAAGCCCUCCAGCAUUGCUGAUAGGUUUUACCUUGGUGGACCAACGAGUGUGCGUGGAUUCAGUAUGUACAGCAUUGGACCCCAAAGCGAAGGUGAUUACCUUGGAGGAGAAGCCUAUUGGGCUGGGGGCCUGCACUUGUACACACCUCUCCCUUUUCGGCCAGGUCGGGGGGGAUUUGGAGACCUCUUUAGAACACACUUCUUCCUCAAUGCCGGAAACCUCUGCAAUCUUAACUACGGUGAAGGUCCCAAAGCUCAUCUCCGGAAGCUGGCUGAGUUCAUCCGAUGGUCUUACGGUGCUGGAAUAGUGCUCAGACUUGGAAACAUUGCUAGAUUAGAACUUAACUACUGUAUCCCUAUGGGAGUACAGAGUGGCGACAGGAUAUGUGAUGGUGUCCAGUUUGGAGCUGGAAUAAGAUUCCUAUAAUAUUACAGAAAAACUUCAUGCUUCUGUCAAAAAAGAGAGCACUUGAAUAAAAUAUGGCUCACAGUGA